AUGGAUGCCUUGAGGGAGAUGCCCGAUUAUGCUAAGAUGAUGAAAGAUCUAAUGUCACGGAAGUUUGAUUUUCAGGAUCUAUCCACUAUAACUUUGACACAGACCUACAAUGCAGUGGUGGCAAAACCAAUGGCUCAAAAGAUGUCGGACUCAGGUAGCUUCACUAUUCUAUGCACAAUUGGAAGUUAUGCCUUUGCAAAGGCAUUGUGUGAUUUGGGAGCCAGCAUAAAUCUGAUGCUGCUGGCUGUGUACACCAAACUAGGCAUUGGUAGAGCUAGGCCAACUUCGAUGCUGCUACAGCUGGCUGAUCGCACAGUGAAGAGGCCCACUGGUAUUCUUGAUGAUGUGUUGGUACAAGUGGGGAAAUUCGUGUUCCCUGCAGACUUUGUUAUCUUGGAUUGUCAGGUGGAUGAGUAG